GUCCAGUUUUCGGAAUACAAUGUCGUCGAACGAAAAUAAUAAUUGAACGGUUGUCCGUCGAGUGUUUUUGUGAUUUUGUUUAAAAAUUUUUUUUUUUCCCGUGAUUACAACACACGCUCGUUAGACGUGUUAUACAGACACCGUCGUCAAUCUGUUCUUAGUAAGUGAUCUGAUUUUAUAUUGAUUUCAGAAUCGGAAUAACGGGAGGGGGAUAGCUGAGACUAAGGCGGCUAUAUCUCAGGGCCCCUCGACAAAAUGGUGCGCUCCCAGAUAAUUUUUGGGACCGUAAAUUUCCUAAAAUCAUUUCAUUAAUAAAUAAUAAUACACAAAUAAUUUAAUCAAUAAUUCAAAAUAUAUCUAAUAAAGGAUGGAUUGGCCUUUGAGCCACUAAUAGCAUUAAUCCUGAUCUGAAUAUAAUAUCUAGUGUUAAAAAUACUUUUCGAAUAUAUUCGGAUCACGUUUUUGAAUACACGUAUAAAUGUUAUUCGAAAUACUUUUUUCACAAGUAUUUGAAUUUAGAUACAAAUACUUGAUAAAAAUAUUCAAAAUACUUUUAACCUCCGAGUAAUGUAUUGACUAAUGAUUUUGCUAUGUGUGUGAUUUUUUUUUGUCUUUAAAUAACUUUUCUAAUAUCGCUCCAUUCGAUAAUGACAAGAUAAUUUUUUUGUAGUGUUUUAGAUCUUAUUGGUGAAUUUAAUAGGCCAUUACUUUUGUUUUCUAAGUAAUUUUCUUAAUAAUUGGGAAAAACGGAAAUGAAAGUUCACGACAAUGAUUUCAUUAUUUUUGAUUUUUUUUUUUAAUUCGGUCAGAAUUAUCGUAACAUAAACAUUUUCACAAAAUAUUUAUGUUAGUACUUUAUAGACCAGUGGCAUCAUUUAAAUUUAUUUUUUAAUAAGCAUAUAUAAUAAUUUUCAACAUAACAGAAAUAAAAUAAUCAACACAUUUUUCAACAAAUUUAUUAAACUGUCAAAAUAAAACAUACAAAAAUUAUCUAAUAAACUUUCAUUUGAACCAUUAAGAUUGUAAAUAUCUACAUAACGUCCAAAUCCCGUUUUUUUUUCUUGUUUUAAAUCACAAGGAAAAGAAAAUAUUAGUUUAAAAAGACGGGCAUAAUUCGCAGGUCACUGUUGUAGGUGACAAGUUGGGAAGGUAGGUAUAGAGGGGAAUUUAAUGUAUAUCUGUACGCACCAACUAAUCUUUGCUAAUGAAAAAUGAUUCUAAGUAAAGUUUGGUUAUACAUCAUAUUUAAAAGUGUGUAAUAUUUACAAUGUUCGUCAAAAUUUGAUUUUAAAAUUCUUAUAAAAAAUAAUAAAAUAUUACAUUAAAUUCAACUUUUUCUUGUUGACCAAUAAGUCUUAUUACCACUUAUUAAUAAUAAGUUGUACUUAGUGAUAUAAUAUAAUGAAUCUUUUGUUAAAUUGUCAAGCAUAUAUGUUUGGUCUAACAAUUUUACCUACACAGUAGGGACGGUAAUACGGUACUGAAUAAAUAUUACGUAAAAAACUCGGAAAAUUAAAAUGUCAUUUAGCUUAAAAAUGGUUUAAAUGUUUUAAAAAUUAAAAAUUAUUUUAUAAAUGUCUAUUAAAGACUAGUAUAAGGUUUCUGUCAAAAUUUCAAGUCUCUAUGAUAUUUAUCACUGAAUUACAACAAAAAGAAAAAAAUUGAAAAUAAUAAAAGCAUAUUAUUUUCGUACAUUUUCCUGGUUUUUCUACAUUUUUCCCGAGUUUUCCUAUUAAUUGAGAAAAAAAUUGGGAAAAUAAAAAAAAUGACCACCCUAGGAAUAUUUCCUUUCAAUAAAGAUGCUUUAGGUGCUUAAUACUACAGAGCAAGAUCUCAUCGUUGUAAAACCAAAUACAUUUCUCGCCCCGCUCAGAAUCUAAAAUACAUUUUGUAAGCUAGGUAGUCACUAUAACUAUUUUUCAAACAAUUUAAAUUUAAUUGCUUUAAUUUUGGGUUUUAAAUACGUAAAUGUUAAAUAUAAUGUACGGUCCAUUCGACGCCAAUGUUCUAGACGUGAUACAAUUUACAAAGCAUUCCAGUAUUUAUAACUUCCCUACCUACUUUUACCAAAAUGUGUACAAAUAUUAUAUUAUGCAUUAAGUAUUAUAGGGAUGGGUAUAAAAUUCGAAUAUCCGAAUUAUCCGACUAUUCGGAUAUUCAAAUCCGCGUUUGAAUUAAAUCAAUUAAAUUCUUAUUAGGAUUUUUCGAAUUAUCCAGAUUUGCUUCUUUUAUCUGACUAGAUCACUCAAUUUCCUCAACCAACUCUAAAUGACUGUAUUGUAAAACUUUAAAGAUUGCUUGUUCUAAAACAAAUUCACUGCGUUCACGUAAUAUACUAAUAUGAGCUAUAUUAUUUAUACUACAGUACAACAUAGGGAUUAGGGUUAAAUAAUAAUGAUACUAAUAAAACGAGUCAGAUAAUCUGUGUAAUCUAGAUUUUUGAAAUUCGGAUUUGCUACAGUCACUAUUAAAUAAGUAUAUAAAUUAUUAAAAAUAAUACAAAAUUAGUAGUUUCAUAAAAUAAUUAUAGGAUAAGUUAAAUAGAUUAAAUUAAAGGUAAUUAAACUUAUCGUUGAUUUUUUAAGAUUUUAAUUUAUUUUAAGAUAUUCUUUUUAAAUGUACGAGUAUCUAUACAGCUUCUUCUUUGAUUUUUUUAUUUUACAGGUUUUAAAAAUGUCGAACGUUAUUUGGUUAGGAGCGCUGCUCUUGUUCGGCUCUAGUUUGCAGGCAUCGUCUGAAAAUCCGAACGUUUUGCAAGCGCUACAACCCGGCAGUUCGUCAUCGAACGUUUUGUCUCUGACCUUAAACACAAAAAAAUACACACACACCAUCGGCGAUCGUUUUCUCAGCUUUACCGUCGAACCGUCGACGAUAUUUUCCGCGCUGCUGCAGAAUAAUCUCGGGUACCUAUACGUUUUUCACUGUCGUCGUUUGCGAUGGAAUUCAUAUUAUUUAGUAUUAUAUUAAAUGGAUAAUUUUUUUUUUCAACGAUAUUCAUAUUAUAGGACGACUGCAAUCAAUAUGGCCAAAGUACUAAACCCGGCGUACAUACGGAUUUCCGGUCCGGAAUGCAAUUACUUCACGUUCCGGGGAGCGCAGGAUACGGCACAAUCGUCACCACUCCAUCCCGUCAAAUACGGCAGGAACAAUAUCACGAUCACCGGGUGGCAUUGGUCGCAGCUUAACGAAUUCGUGGCCAAGAGCGGGCUGGACCUGAUCGUCGGACUGAACGUCAUGAACCGACAACACGGCAAAUGGGACCUGGGCAACACCCUAGACCUCGUGUCCUAUUCGGACAAGCACGGCUACAACAUGGCGUUCCAACUGGGAAACGGUAAAUUUUUUUGGGGAACAGUAAGUUUCUACACGAGACCUAUCAGGUCUCAUGCUUUUUUUCUUAUAAAAAAUACAUAUUUAGUUAGUUUCUACAUGAUAAAAAAUGCUACGUAUGCGUCUGUUCCUACACAAAUACAAAAAUAUGCUUGCAUUUUCAGCGGAAAACCAAAAAAUUAUUUAAAAAUAGUAUAAUAGUAUGGAUAAGGUGUGAUAAUAUAAUCAUGCUCGUUUCAACCGCUAUACUUGAUAGUAUAUGACUUAUCUUAAAUUUUAUUCCAAAAAUGCUUUUUUUUAAAAUUAGGUCAAACACACCUUUUCUGUCGUGUAGGAACUAACAUAUUUAUUUUUUUACCCGACAGGUUUCGUGUAAGAACUUACAUUCAACAUUUUUUUUCAUAACUGCGCGUUUUAAACAAACCUGCAAAAUAUCACAAAGAAGAUUCUUUGAUAAAGUAACAUGAUUUCUCAAGUUUUAUCCUUUUCAUUCAAAUUAUCUCAUAACAUGGUGAUUAUUAUCUGUUAUAUAAAUUUCAUCCAAUCCAUUUGUAAAAUCUAUUCAAUUUCAUCAUCAAAUCUCGGAAGAUGAUUAUAAUUAUCUAUUUUUCGAUGAUAAACCAUGGAGUAAAUUAUGUGUCCUCUUUGUUGAUUCGUAUUAGAUAAAUCUCUGAAGCAACAUUAAAUUUGAUAUUUCGACAGCAUUUGUUUACACAAUUUUAGUAGAAGAAUCUCAUAGAUUUCUUUAACAACACUUGAUCUCAUCCAUUUUAUUAAUUCGUCAAGAUUUUCCAGAACACCUUGACUUCUUAUUCAAUUCAUCAAGACAUUAAACUUGUUAAGUCAUUAAAAAAAGUUUAUUCGUUUAUCUCGUUCUUCUGUUUCACCAUUCUGACCGUUUCAGAAUAACCUCCCAAAACGAACGAAUAUUACGACUUACGAGUAUAUAUAGAUUUCGAUAAAUGAAAUCUUACAUUGUGAUACUCCUUCACGAAAUGUUUUUAAAUAUAUAUAUAUAUAAUACACAUUAAAAAUGUACUACAUGACUUUUUUUCAUUCUUGCGGCAUUAUAUCUAAUUGCAAAAUCCGCAAAAAUGAUGUAGCAUAUCAAUGCGCAUGAGGACUUUACCGGGAAUAUUGAGGAAUAUUUAUUUUCAAACUAACGCAAAUAUUCUAUUAUGAAUCAAUAUUUUUAAAAAAUCCCAGGUUUUUGGAGGUAGGUAGAUAAACAAUUAUUUUUAUGAAUUUCGUUAUUGGGUCAUCACUCAAUCAUCGAUUAUGAUUGUUGAACCUACUAGUGUGAUAGCUCUCUUUUCGAAAACACCAUAUAAUAUUAGUAUUGUUAGCUUCAGAAUAUGAUGCUAAAAAUCAGGUCCGUUGAGCGAUUGUUCUAUACCCGGUACUUGACUUUCAAUACUGUUUCCGCCGCGUUUUACUGUCACCAAUAGUAUUGGAAGAAAAAAAAAAAAAAUUAAAAUUAUUGAUGUUUGUUUCAGAUAUUCAAACAGUCAGAUCGCGUAUCGAUAGUUCAACACUCGGCAAAGAGGUGACCAGAUUGCGCAAAGUACUGGAAGCGUUGCCCAGGUACACGCAUUCGGCGAUCAUUAGCCCUGACAUUAAAUCUUGUGAUACACAAGAUGAAGUUCGGUAUUUGAAGAAUUUCAUCAUUGAAUCCGGGCCUUCUCUUACCGCAGUGACAUACCAAGUGUGAGUUUAUUAUAAAUAAACAAAUAAUAAAUUGAAAACCAAUUACAAACUUUUGGUUUUAUAUAGCUAUUUAUUUCUUUUAAAAAUUAAAUCGCCGGACGUAAAUAUAAUAAUAAGAAAAAACCGAUUGCAAUAUUUCUUUAAGCUAAAAAUAUUUUAGAUAGGUACUCAGUGAUUGUAUUUUUAAAGUUUGAUUGAGCAAAAUUUGCGCAAUCGUGUAUAUUUUAAUAACCAUCGAAAUUCUAAAUACAUACACGACUGCGCAAAUUUCUCACAUAUACAUAUACACAAUUGCGCAAGAUUUUAAAUGUAACGUUGCCAUGUAUAAAUAAAUAUAUUAUUAUAACAUCAUAUAUUAUAAACCGCGUUCUGUGUGAAAACCACAAUUUAGCCAAAACAAAUUAAUAUUAAUGUAACAUAACCGUGGUCAUCUUAAAAUAUGUAAAAAUAAUAAUUUGUUUCAUUAACUGUUUUUAUAUCAUACACUGGGAUUGUAUAACUAUAACAUUAUGGCAACUAUGCGUUUGAAAUCUUGUGCAAUUGUGUAUACAUAUGAGAAAUUUGCGCAAUCGUGUAUGUAUUUCGAUGGCUAUUCAAAUAUACAAGAUUGCGCAAAUUUUGCUCAAUCGUGUUGUAGCCGUGCUAAGUAUACCCGUUCGUUUUUAAAAAUGUUUUCUUAGUAGUUGCUUACAUUGUACAAUAGCGAUAUGGGCUGUGAUAUUAGAAGAACAGUGAGUAAUUUCUUUUAGAAAUUAAGAUCGAUAUUAUAUUAAUAAUAAACAAAAAUAAAAAAAAAAUACUGUUGCAAUCUUAUGGAUUAUUAAAAUUAGUAAUGUUUAAUGAUAAUAAUAUUGUAUUUUAGACCGUUUGCGAGCGAGAAAAACGUUGAGAAUCCUACCGAAAUAUUCACUUACAUACAAAACCAACUGGAAAAUCGGGUGUGGCCAAAUAAUUUAAUCAACAAAUACCUCGGAAAAACGGUGCUUAAAAAGCCGUUAUGGAUAGUGGAGUCCGGGAAUAAAGACACAAUAGGCGAUUUCACGGAUGGAAUCACUUGGGCGCAGAGGUUAUGUGCAGGCGCGCGAGUAGGAAUAAAUACAAUUAUGAGAAAACCAUCUUUGCUCGCCCUAAGCAAACCUACUCCGGUAAUUAUUCAAAUAAUUGUUUUGUCAAAUUUAAAAAUGACGUAAUAUUAUUUAUUUGUUUAUUUGUUAAUAAUAAAUGGGUAGGGCUUUCUGAUCACGAAAUAAAUACUAAUUUUAAGUAUAAGCCACAUUAAAAAGCAAUAAUAAUAACAACAAUAAAUAAAAUAUAAAAUUAUGGUUAGUUUAAAUAAAAAAAAUUAAUUGAAUAUGAAAGGCGGGAUCCUUAUUGACGAUAGACAUUAAGCGUCUCAACGGCUCUUUUUUUUAAGUAAUUGGUAUUUAAUCGGGGAUAUAAAAGGACAUAGAUGUGUGGGUAUGAAAUUGCAGGAUUUUAAAAUGUAUAAGUGAUUGUAUUGGACAACAGACCACCUAAAAUAACUUGCCUAACAUUCGAUUGCAGUCAGCUAAAAAUUUUAGGCCAAGAACCUUUGAGGCAGAAAUGUAGUCAUGAAGGGGACAUUGGAUGCCUAAAAUAAAACUAACAUAUCUCAAGUAUUCGCGUUGGACAUUAUAAAUGUAUAAUUAACCAAUCCUACUCAUUUAGGAUUUUCAAAUAUUUUUUUCACAGUUACGUAGUAUUUAGUACUUAUACAGUACCUACUAAAGUUUUGAUUUUUUUUUUUUAAUAAUAAAAUAUAUAAUAUCUGGUAUUUAAAUAUAUAAAUCCCAUGAAAAUAUUAAAUUUGAUUGAUAUUAUUAAUAUUAUAAUAUUAAUAUAAUUGUUAUAAUCAAUAUUAUAUAAAAUUAAAUAAUACCUUUUCACAAACAUUUUUAAUCCGCUACAAAUACGCGUGCUAUUUUAAAAUGUAAGAAAUUUCUCUUUUACCACAGACAUUUUAUUAUUUUACUAUUUUAAAAAGUAAUUUGGGCGAUAAAUUUGUAAGAAAUAAUAUCUAUUUUACUUUUGGACCACUUCUAUGAUAUAAAUUAUAUACAGCGUGAUUUACUAAGUGUUCACCCUAUUUUUUUGUUUAAUUUUGAUUUCGGAAUUUUUAAGUGUAGUUUAAUCUGAUAUUCUGGAAUACUUAGAUUUUUCAUAACAUUUAAGGAGUAUCCUCUGGUGAUACAAACUUUGAAUUAUCAAAUGUGAAUCCAUUUUGAAAAUUCCAUAAAUAUAGAUGGAGUAUUACUUUAAAUACAUUUUGGUGUUGAAAUCUUUGAUUUUCGUCAACUCGUUAACGAGAAACACAGGAUAUUCCUUAAAUGUUGCGAAAAAUUUAAGUAUUCGAAAAUAUUGGCUUUAUAACUACAAUUAAAAAUUCCAAAAAUUAUAAUUUGAAUACAUGCAGAAUUUAACCAAAAACGAAUAAACAUAUUUACAGGAAUAUUGGGUGUCAAUUCUGCAUAAAGCGUUAAUAGGAUCGGAAGUAUUAGAUAUAAAAAUUUCAUCGGGAAAUAAAACUCGUUUAGAAACAGUGGCGCAUUGUACGAAAAUGUCACCGCAUGACCCGAAUGAAGGAAUAUUAGCUCCCGAAUAUCGUUAUACAAGGGGAGCGGUUACAGUUUUCGGUGUCAACGUGGGAUCGGAAAACGUGAGGAUAUUAUUGAAAACGGGACAAAAGCAAAGUACUCCGUUACAUCAAUAUUUCUUGACCGCCAAUACUAGACAAAUCGGAAAAAGAGCUACAAAAUCUUUGUAAGUGUUUAAUAAUAUAACUAAUGUAGUAGAUAUAUAUAUGUCGAUAGUAUGAUACUAUAAAACUAAUGUUAAUAUUUUCGAUUUAUAGGUCGGUUAUGCUUAACGGACAGAAAUUGGUUUUAUCGUCCGAUGGCGAACUUCCAAUUUUAUCACCAAAAAUACGAGGAUCUCAUCAAUUGAUAACCAUCCCCAGUCAAUGCGUAUUUUUCUUUGUACUGCCAGAUAGUAAAUCGAAAGCUUGUACGGCGGUUCAAAUCGAAGAGUCUAAAGAACUUUAUAAGAAUGGCAUGAGGAUUAGCGAUCAAGAAGAGUUUGAUGAAAUCGAUUACGAUACAUCAGUAUUAGAUCAAGAAGAUGAAUUGGGAUCGAAUGAAAAAAACGCUUAUGUGGCAUUCCGUUCUAAAUAUAUUAAAGAUAAUGGCGAACCUGUAGUUCAAAUAAGAAACGAAAAUAAUGAAGGAUCUAAAAACGAAAUGGCGACAAAUCACGAAGAAAUAGCUCGAACAAACAAUGAUGACUUGUAUGAUGACAAUGAUAAUCCACAGCAAUCUGAACCAAUUGUAAAAUACGUAACGUUCUCUAAUAAUAAUUGGCUUUCAAAAUUCCCAAAAUCAUUAAACCAACGACAAUAUGCUGUAGAAUCUUCAACUUAUUCUCCGGUCGAAGACACUACAAUAGAGGUGCAAACGCAAAAGAGUGUACCGCAAAGCAGGAGAGAGAAAUAUCAUGUACUAGCGCAAGCAGUUGCUGGAAAAAGAUACCCAGAAAAAAACAUUAGAUCCGAUGUAUACUCCAACUUAGAUUCUGUUAUGGCAUCUAUCAAACCAGCACAAGCGUUAAAAUUAAUAAAACGAUCAACAAAUCAUAAUUACAGUCCAAGUGAAAUCCAAGAUAUGCUUGAACAGUUUACAAACAAAGAAAAACAGCCUAUAAAUCCACAAUUAAAAACUAACGAAACGUCUUCUGACUGGAAACCAAACGAUAAUAAUGUAGAAAAUCCUGAAUGGCGCAAAAAAAAAGCAACACAAAUUCAGAAUUUCACAAAUCCACAAACACAUUCGAUAGCUCCUCGAGUACAGGAUUUAUCAGUUACUUCAUUACAAACAACACAACAAGCUGUGGUUACCCCUACACCUGAAAUGUCUACUACAACAGUAAUUAAGCAACCCCAUAUAGUAGAAUAUCACAUUCAGAAAAUUAAAACCAGAAAAGAACAAGCUUUGAGCAAAAUAAACAAAACAUGUUUUCAUAUAAUUGGUGGAAGAAGAUCACAAAAGAAAUUAAAAAUCGGAACAAUAAACCUAAUCGUACCCACAACCGAAAAGUCAGUGAUGACGAGUACAGAGGAAAGUUUUACUACUAAAAGCAAACAGAUAGAGAAUGAAAAUAUUGGAGAUUUUAACGAAAAGUUUAGACUUACUCGCCAGAUUAACUGCAUUACAACUACUGAAAAUUACAAUAUUAAACCAUCACCACGACCUCACCUAUAUUUAAAACCGAAAAAGUCCAUUCAACUUUUAGGCGUCGAAAAUGUCAUAUCAUUCAAUACACCGGAAUUCAAAACGACUCAUGCUGAACCUAAUGUAGUAACUGAAAAUUACAAUUCUAAAUCAUCACCACAACCUCGUCUACACUUCAAAUUAAAUACGCUCGAUAAAUCUGUAAUCGAUAAAAAUGUUAAUUUAGCCAGCGUAUCGGAAUCCGAAAUGACUCAUUUUGAACCUAGUACAACUACUGAAGAUGCCGAUUUUAAACCAUCACCACGACCUCGUCUACAUUUGAAACGAAAAACGUCCAAUAAAUCUAUAAUUGACGAAAAUGCAAAUUUAGCUAAUACAUCAGAAUUGGAAGAUACUCAUUUUGAAUCUAGUACAAGUACUGAAGAUGCUGAUUUUAAACCAUCGCCACGACCUCGUCUACAUUUGAAACGAAAAACGUCCGAUAAAUCUAUAAUUGACGAAAAUGCCAAUUUAGCUAAUACAUCAGAAUUGGAAGGUACUCAUUUUGAAUCUAGUACAAGUACUAAAGAUGCCGAUAUUAAACUAUCGCUACGACCUCAUCUACAUUUGAAACCCAAAGCGUCAGAUAAAUCUGUAAUCGAAGAAAAUAUCAAUUUAGCCAGUACAUCGGAAUUCGAAACGAUUUAUGUUGAACCUAGUACAACUACUAAAAUUGACACCACUAAACCAAAUAAUUAUAAUAAAAACAAGUCAAGAAUAUUGGGAUUACCUAAACUUAAUCCUAUAAUGACUGGGAUACAAUGGAAAGAACCAAUGCUGAGAGAUAGUCGUGAAACUGCACAACUGUCAGUGUCAAAAUUAAAAAUCAAACCGAAUUUACAUUCUUUGGGGAAGGUUAUAACUGACCCGAACGUAAAUGCUCAUCAAAUAAAAACUAACGAAAAGAUCGUGGAAAAAUUAGUGGAGAAUAUUGAAAACGGUAGGGAAACUUUACAGUCCAAACAAGUGGUCAGUCCGAUAGACAAAAACGGAGAAAGUACACUGGAAAACAAAAAAAGUUUAACGGUGGCGGAAAAGAUUAGGGCGCUGGAAGAAAGGUCGAAAAAUCGCCGGCUCGAAAUGAAACGGAAGCUAGAGCUAAAAUUUCACAAGGCCAAGAAGCGAUCCCUGAUGAACGAGUUGAUCGAAGACGACAUGACGGACGUUAACGAUAUUUUAGAUCCUGCGAGAUUCGAGUCCAACGAACUCGACGUAGACGUCGGACCUGUGUUGAAACGCGAUACUAUUGUGAGGUAUCCGAGGGCGGUGGCUGAUUUUACGGUAAAGUUAAACGAAGUGAACACAUACGUGGAUAGAAACAAAAAGCCUAUAAAACUUAAAACUAACGAGAUCGUUGACGACAACGGUAUUAGUCCACAAAAGAGCCCAAACGACAUUCGCCCGUCAGCGGAGGACAACGCAGCCGACGACGUUAUAAACAUUAAAUAUAAACGAAAAUCUCUGUUUGAAGAAGACGAAGACGAUUAUUUCAGCAAGACAAGUUCUAAUAUGAUGAAUAAAUUGUUUGGUCAUAUGCAAAAACUAUGGAAGUACAUAAAAAAGACUUUGGCCUUUUAGAUUUGUAAUAUUAAUAAUUACGUAAUUACGAACAGAACGUGAGCUUAUUACACACACACACACACACACAUAUAUAUAUAUAUGGUUUUUUUAUGUAAUUUAUUUAAAAGAAAACUUUUUAAUACAAUAUUAACUAUUGUAAUUAAUUACUAUAACUAUACAUAAAUCGUAAUAAUCACACUACAAAUAUUUGCGACACUAUUAACAUUUGUAUAAUAUUACGUGCCU